AGAGAGCGAGAGAGAGAGAGAGAGAGAGAGAGAGAGAGGAUAAAACCCCGCAGACUCAGCGUCUGAGACUAAAAACAGGAAGAAAAGAAACGUGGAUUAAAGCGCGUGCUCCGCACGCGACACUCAGGAUUAUUCCCGUCUCUGGGCGGACAUUCACGCGUUUCCCUCUUUUUUAUUUUGUUUUUAAUUUAUUCUUUUUAAAUUUUGGAAUUUGUAUUCUCAACGCGCGCGCACAGAGUUCUCUGGUCACCUUGUUAGUGGCGCGUGCUCAGUAUGUCGCAGCGUCACAAUUAUUCACAAACAGCUGUGUGAGUGUGAGUGUGUGUGCACGUGCGCGUCCACGCCCCCGACGUCCGUUCGUCCUGCCGCCGCACGCGGCAGAUCAAUGAGGAUGGAUUUAUUAUUGACUGUGGCGCGAGGACGUUCAAGAGAAACGUUAGGAAGUGGAUUAUACUUCACGCACGAGACGCACAGUGACUGAGCAUCGUCCUCGAGGCACUCGGUCCCGUCUGAAGCUCACACGCUCACAGCAUGGUGGAUGCCAACACAUCUUAAAAUAUGAACCCGCUAGCAGCUCUCAGCAUUGACCGCAAUGCACUGGUGGGAGACAAUCUUCGUCCCCAUGGAGGGAUUUUCUAUCCUGGCAUCCACCCUCUCUCUGCUGAUAAAGCCCAGGAGCCAGGCACUUCUCUCCCACUUGGCUACAACCUUCUGUACAAACCUGAUGUAACCUUGCUGGAUGGACAGAAGGCAGCAAAUGGAUAUGGUGGACUGUAUAAGAACCCUCCACCAAGGCUGGUUGUCCCAGCUGCAGGGGCUGAUGGCCUGGGAAUCGACCGCAGAGUUCUUUCUGGUGAUAAGCAGUCAGAACCGGGCCUAAAUGGCGCUGGAAGUUUUCUGAGACUGCCUUGGAUUAGCCCUUAUGCAGAUGCAACAAUGUACCCCUUCCUGGACAUGGCUUACAAGGCCUCUUUCUUGUCUCAGCCAUCAGCUUUCCUCCACCAGCAAUUCCCAUACCAACCUUUAUGUGCUGCUGGUGCAGGAGGCAGCCCUGGAGAGGAAAGACUUUUCUACUUGCCGCGUUAUGCUCCUCCAAAUCAUAUCUCCUCCCCAUUGGGCCCUCCAAUCAGGAUUCCUACAGCCACCCCAGCCCCUGCUGUCCUUUCACCCCUUCCCCACAGCGAGGACAAAGCCUUGCAAGGAAAUGGUCCUCGGGUACAACAGGUACAACAGGAACCCUCUGCAUUUCGCAAUAGUCUACAGAUCCACCAGGAGCCCCAAACUCACCCCAUAGAGCGACAGCAUGGCAGCAGUAGCAGUGGUGAUAAUAGCGGCAUCUGUGUCAGCAGUUCAGCUAGUACUGCUGCCACUGAGUCAUCCUCUGUUACCCGUCCUCCAUGUUUCGUUCCCCAGUCUGUCAGCGACAGGUGUACAGAUCCCCAGAAGCCCAUCUACACAAGCACCCCUACAUCAUCAGCCUCUCGCCCCUUUUACAUGAUGAGCUUGAACUCUGAGCGCUGCUCUCCCCUGCAGUCAGGCAACAACAAUACCAAAGAUAUCAGCUCAGAAUCCUGCAGGGUAGAAAAGAAGCCAUUGGUUGACAGAGCUAUACCUCAAAAGCAGGCCAGAAAUCCGGGGGGAAGAACUUUGGAGCGGUCUGCGAAAGAGUUGGAAGGAUUUGCACAUGGUUUCCCUGCCAAAUUAGAGAUGCUGGCUAAACUGGGAUAUUUACCACCAUCUCAUUAUGGGCCUCUAGCCAGUCAAGACCAGCACUUGACAGAGAGUCUACCCACACCUGUUAGUACUUCAGCAAAGACUCCACAUUGUCCAGAAAUGGUCGGUACCCUGUCCUCCUCUUGUGGUGCCCCGGGUCCUUCUGCAGGUGUCAGCUCAGACCACAGCAGAGGCUCCCAAAUAAAUAAAAACAAGAGAGGAGACAUUAGUGUUCAUCAACCACAGCCUCAUAGUUCUCCCCACACACCAACUCAGAUGAACAGUAGUCCCAGUCCUGCCUCAGGGGGGAGACCUUCUGCAAGAUCACCUUCCUUAAAGUCCAAAGCAGAAUGGCCUCAAGUCCAUCCCACAGACUUGGAGAAAGGUCUGCCAAAUGGCAAAGAUGAAACCUACACAUGCUCUAGUAAACAGAUUUUACCUCCUGCUAAACCAGAGGCUCUGGAGAGCCAACCUCAAUCACAGCAGCAGCAGCAGCAGCAGCAGUCUCAUGUGGAAAACACUUCCAGACAAAUCUUUCAUGAUUCUUAUCUCCCUCCUGGAUUAGGGUACACCAACCGCUACAUCCCAUAUUCAGUUGCUGAGAAUAUGUCUCUGCAACAAAUUUCCAUACCAGGCAAAGGAUCCGUCUACCCCCACCCGGUCUUUCUUGGCAGUAGUAGCUACUAUUCACCACACAUAGCAUCUAAACAUGGCCUUCAAUAUGGAGUGCAUCCAUAUCAAAAUUCCCAGGAAUAUGCUCCAACACCCAUGUCGUCUCACCCAGCUCUCAACACCAAAGAUCGACUUGAGAGUAGAUCAAAGACCAAGGAUGAACCUUCACAUGAUGAACCCUACAGGAACCAGAAGAGGCCAAAUUCUGACAGCUCCCACAAGAGUGACAAAGAGAGAGACAAUCCGGCGAAUCAAUCUGUGAAGACGGGUAAAAGUGUCUCUGUUAUAAGAGAUGACAUCAUUUGUAUUGACCUGGUGCGAGAUGAAACAGACGAUCUCACCGGUACAGGUGACAAUUCCUCCAAACCGUUUGAAAGUGGCACUAACCUCAUUCAAGAAAUGAAAGCAUGUCCUUCAAAGAUUCCCCCUACCAGCAAGGCUUCUGAGCACAGCAUAGACUCCACACUCCAGAUAUUUGAACCAAAACCUUAUCACAACAUUUUGGCAAUCCUUCCUACUAAAGAGGAACUCCUAGAGGAGAUUCCAGAUGAGGAAGAUCCACAAUGUCCAUUCUCUGACAUCCCAGAGAAGGACACAAUGCGCUGUGCCCGAACCGACCCACAACAGUUUUCAAGAACAUGUAAAGUUGAAGCCACUGUUGGACUCGGAGAAUUGUUAAGGGGUAGAGCGAGUGGUGGGAAUUAUGUUCUUGGUGAGAAGAGUGCAAGGAAUGAAUCUAGGUCAGAAGGCCCAACUUGUAAAAAGACCAGAGAUCCAGAGCAAAGCCCUUCCAGAGAUGGGACCUUAUUGGUUCAUGUUAGCAAAGAAAAUGGUUGUGGAGAUUGUCCAAGUUCAAACAUUGUGGAAGCAGUAUGUACAGUCACCACAAGCCCAGUUAAUGGGAGAAACUUUUAUUCAGAUGGUCCGGUUUGCACCAGUAAAGGUUCAGCAGGUAGAAAUUUAAGUCCUGAAGAACCACUUUGCAGGAGUUUAAAUCCCAGGGUUUCAACUGAGGGAGUCACAAAAAACAGGGCCCCUCUUUAUGUUCACAACCCAAGAGCUCCAGUCUGUAACAGUGGAGAUCAUUUUGCCAACAGUAAUUUUGUGGGUCCGUGUUGCAAAAAUCCAGAGUCGAGAAUUUGCCGUGGAAACAACAACCCUGUAGCUCCAAACUGCAGGAGUUUCAAUCCACGCGUUACAAAUCGUCAAAACCACAACAGAAACAUGAGUCUUGGGGUUCCUGUGUGCAGUUCAAGUGGCCCAGUUUGUGGAAAUACUGUCUCUAAGAGCCAGUCUUUUGGGAGUAACCAGACCCAGAUCCCAGCAUGUGGAAACAGUUUUCCUCAGAGCCCGACGUUUCAGCACUUAGCACCCGCUUAUCCAACUAAUGGAGGAUUAAACAGGACGCCCUCUGAUUUGAUUCCAGAGCCAUCAUUAAACAGAGACUUUAAAUAUGAGGCCGGGUUCCCUUCAUCCAGCUGUGGAGAUGAGAGGAUCGACUUCCUGGACAACAUGGACGAGGAUGAGGGCCCAGGUUGCAGCAAGAACCGUCCGACCAGCCUCACCAAGCGCAUCGCCAACUCCUCCGGCUACGUGGGCGACCGCAUCAAAUGUGUGACCACGGAACUUUACGAUGACUCCAGCAAGCUGAGCAGGGAGCAGAGGGCGCUGCAGCGUGCUAUGUUACGUUUCUCUGAGCUGGAGCUGAAGGAGAGAGAGGGAGGAAGAGGAGAAGAAGAAGAGGAAGAACGGAUGACAGCAGCAGCGGUGGAGACUCGGGAGAAGGAGCUGGCAGGCGGCCAAUGGAGAGACAGCGAGGAGGAGGAGGAGGAGGAGGAGGGAAGGACGAAAGAGGGGGGAGAAGGAGGAGGGUGGGAGCGCUGCCAGCUGAGUGACAGGAGGCAAAGAGGAGAAAGACGUUCUUCUGCUGAGACGACUACAAGAGGUGCUCAGUUGCUCCGCCCCCUCAGCCUCCUCCUCCGAGGACCAGAGCGUCCCUCAGUGGAGGACAGGAGGCGUGUCUUCAGUCUGGAGCCUUUUCACCAGAGCAGCAUCAUCAUCAGUGGACGUCUGAAGAGAGGGAGGGGCCAGCAGGGGGCGCCGGAGGAGGGGCCUGGAGACAGCAGCAGCAAACUAAAGAUGACAGACGACGACGUCAAAAAGCUCGAGGUUUGCAUCGAGCUGAGCGGCCUCCAGCUCAACAAGCCACGCCCCCCCGGCCCAAGGCCGCCGCCCACCAAGGGUCGAGGGGAAGACACGGUCGACGGGGAGCUCGGAAUGGACGUCCUGGCCGACGUGGAGAGGUCAGAGGUCAGCGGCGGCUGGUGUGAGCCCACGUGUGUGAGGAGAGAUGGAGAGACAGUUCGUCAUGUGGCCCCGCCCUCCUCGCCAACUCAUCUCCCUCGACAACAGUGCAGCUCCGCCCCCCAGCAAGCACCACCCAGAUUGUUUUCCUGCCCCACCUCCUCCCGCCUCCAGGACAAGCAUCAGAGGCUAAGGGAAAACUGCAGAGUCUCCGCCUUCCUCCCACCAUUACCGCCUCUUCCUCCAAUCUCCGCCUCCACCCCGCCUGAGCCGCCUCCCACUCGUUACCAUGAGAACGACGACGACGACAACAAGCCAAAGGGAAAACGUCCGUGCAAGACCAAGCACACGGGCGGAGCAACAGUGAGGGAGGAGGAGACACGAGAAAGAGGGAGGGACCACUACAAAGAGUUAGACGCAAAGGUGUCUCCAGCGGACUGGUCUUGCUCGCCCGGCCAGCGUUCUCGCUCUCUGCAGAACACACUCUGCGUUCGUCCGGUUCCUCCCGAAGUUCGAAGACUCAUCGUCAACAAAAACGCUGGCGAGACGCUGCUGCAGCGCGCCGCCCGCCUGGGAUACGAGGAGGUGGUUCUUCACUGUCUGGAGAGACGACUCUGUGACGUCAACCAUCGCGAUCACGCCGGCUACUGCGCGCUGCACGAGGCCUGUGCCCGAGGCUGGCUGCGAAUCGUACGCCACCUGGUGGAACAUGGUGCCAAUGUCAACUGCAGCGCUCAGGAUGGAACCAGACCACUCCAUGAUGCCGUGGAGAAUGACCAUGUGGAGGUGGUGCGCCUCCUGCUGGCCUGUGGCGCUGACCCCACCCUCACCUCCUACUCAGGUCGAGGGCCGGCCCACAUGACCCGCAGCGCUGCCAUGGAGACCUUCCUUGAGGAUUACCUCUCUGACCUGGAGGGAAGGUCGGAGGGCGACCCGGGAAUGUUCUGGGAAUUUUACGGCAGCUCUGUAUGCGAACCACCGUGUGGCGCAGCAGUGAAUAACAUCUUGGCUGAUCCUCCGGGGGCAGAGGAAGACGAGGAGGAUGAAGAUGAGGAACAGCGUGCAAGGAGGGAGGUGUUUGAGUUCGAGCUGUCCGACCGACCGCUGCUGCCCUGCUACCACAUCCGGGUGUCUCUGACGCAGGGUCCCAGGAACUGGCUCCUCCUUGUUGAUGUCUUGGGUCGCCUUCGGAUGACCUCACGGUCUUUCCGGCGUCUCUUCCCUCAGCUCAAUGUGCAGUCGAUUCCUGAGGACGAGUUCUUCCGCCAGGCCUCCAUGUCUCAGCUGCUGACGGGCCCCGACGAGAAGGAGCUGGUCUCUUUCAGGCCGGACCUCAAAGAUCCUCUGGAGCUGGUGGAAGCCACUCCUGAACUAGCUGGAAUGCUCGGCUCGUCCCUGGAGUUUGUGGACAGUCGCUGGGAUUCUCUUGUCUCUUCUCCGCCGCCGACUCCACCACCAUCACCAAAAUCCUCAGUGAGACUUUCACCAAGACCACCACCACACACACAGACUGGUGCUAAAACGGAACCCAGGACUACAGUGUCUGGUCAGUGUCACCGAGUAAAACAUGGAGUGGAUUCCUCUCCUGCAGCUAAAAUGGAAAAUAAAUCUGAUGUUUCUGUUAAAAAUGUCAGGGAUCCUUGUCACAUGAUGAGGAACGCUAGCAUGUGGGAACCACAAAGAGUACAAAGUAAAAGGACUGCAGUUACAAACUCUAAGAUGGACACUAACACACGGGGACCUGGUAAAGACACUGGGACAGCUAACUGUGCUAAUUCUGGCUCUAACAUGGACUCCAGCAGGUGGGAACAACGACACACGGCCAAAACCACGGGAGCCUCUUCUUUCAAGUCUGACAUGGGUGGCGCUAACACGUGGGAACUCCAGCGACUACGAACUCGCACCACUAUGACUUCAGAAACCAAAAUGGACCCUGGUCUGUCAGAGCGACUACGGAAUAAGAAUAUUGGAAACACUAAUUCAUCUCCUCCAACCAGUGUGGUCAGUGCUAACACUGCUGUUUCCGCUUCAGAUCCAGGGACGACAGUGGACGUUAGCAUCUGGGAACCACAGCGACUGCGGAAUAAAAACCCUGCGAUCACCAGCACCGCAAAACCAGAUGCCAGGAGAGACAAUAACAUGUGGGGACGCCAGGGAAUAAAGAGAGCGGGUGGCAGCGGCGUAGCACCCAAAACAGAGGUUAGCUUCUGCGAUAGCCACGGAGGGAAGACUAUAAAGAUGGACGCAGCCUGGCAAAGGAACCUGGCCAGUGUCCGAGUCCACAUCAGAGACUUGGGGAUAAAAGCCGGGGGGAUUACCCUCCACAGAGACCUGAAGGCGGAGCAAGACAAGGUUGUCGAGAAAAGAGUUAAAAUAAGAUCGUGACAAAGUCACGUGAUUCUACAGGAAGAAUACAGAACCCUAUGAAGACCAGAACCAGGUUCACACAGAACUGACACCGACAUGUAAAUACUGGAUUACAUUUUUUUGUAUUAUUUAUUUAUGACUCCACUUAUCAGGUUUUCUUAAACUUGAUAUUUGGUUCUGGUUCUGUUGCUCUGGUCUGGACCUGUCCACGUCACCUUUGUGUUAUUUUAUAUCUGCAUCUUGUCACCAAACUAUUUAUUGUCCAAUUAAAAAGAAAUGACAAACAAA